CUCAGGCUUUCCUCUUCUUCUCUUCCACAGAAACAGAAUCUCUCUGAGCAUUAAAUACAUCAUAAAACAUUGUUUCGUUCACUUUAAUCUUCAUUCAUCGUUCCCUGCCUCUACUCCCUUCAUUCUUGCUUCCCUGUUGCUUGAUUCUACUGUCUCUCUUAUUUCCUUCCUCUUCUUUGUCUAUUUCCCCAUUCCGUACACACAUAUCUUCAAGUCUGUAUUCAAACAAUUCUACCAAUAAUAUUCCGUACAUUUAUAGGCUCAAAAAUACACAAUGGGGAGGAAGGCUACGAAAGGGAGGGCCGCCAGAAUCGGCAGUUACGCAAUUGCUUCUUCAAUCUCCGAUCCCGAAUCAAUUUCUUGCACAACCUUCAAUAUCCUUGCCCCCAUUUACAAAAGAAUCACUCACGAGGAACCGACGAUUAGAGAAAGCCAUUUUAGGGAAUUUUGGCUGGAUAGGAACCAGAGGAUUUUGGAUUGCUUAUUGUAUGAAAGAUCUUCCAUCAUUUGCCUUCAGGAAUUUUGGGUUGGGAAUGAAGAGCUUGUUGAUCUCUAUGACAAGAGACUAGGGGAUGCUGGCUAUAUUGUUUUUAAGCUUGGCCGAACUAACAACCGUGGGGAUGGUCUGCUGACUGCUGUACAUGAGGAUUACUUCAGGGUAAUAAGUCAUCAAGAGUUGCAUUUCAAUGAUUUUGGAGACCGUGUUGCACAACUGUUACAUGUUGAGCUAAUAUUACCCUCCUCACCAUGUCGAAAUAUCAAUGCUAGAAAAGAAAUUCUGAUAGUUAACACACACUUGCUGUUCCCGCACGAUUCAAGUCUAUGCUUGGAACGAUUGCGACAGGUCUAUAAAAUACUGCAAUAUGUAGAGUCAUAUCAAAAGGAGAAUAUGCUUAGUCCUUUGCCGAUCAUGCUCUGCGGGGAUUGGAAUGGAAGCAAACGAGGCCAUGUUUACAAGUUCUUGAGGUCUCAAGGAUUUGUAUCAUCAUAUGAUACUGCACAUCAGUACACCGAUGCAGAUGCACAUAAGUGGGUGAGCCACCGUAAUCAUCGAGGGAACAUCUGUGGAGUAGAUUUUAUAUGGCUUCUUAAUCCUAACAAGUACAGGAAGUUGCUGAAAACAAGUUGGAGUCAGGCCAUCUUUGGGAUGUUUAAGUAUCAACUUCGCAGGGCAUCUUUGACAGAGAAGAAUGCAUUUGCGUUUCUAAAGACAGAUAGAGAUGAAGAUUACAUUACAUACUCUGAUUUCUAUGAAGCAUUGCGGCAGCUUAAUUUGAUUGGCCAUUGCUAUGGGUUAAGUAUUCAGGAGAUCAAUGAUUUGUGGGUGCAAGCAGAUAUUGAUGGAAAUGGUGUUGUUGAUUACAAAGAAUUCAAGCAACGCAUAUGGAAUCCAACAUGGUCAGAACAAAGAGAAGUAGGAUGCAAUGAGUCAUGGGAUGAUAAUGAAAACGGCACGGAGGAAACUAUUGGUUUCGGCAUCCAGAAUGCGUUUCUUUUCCCAAAGGAAGCGGAGGGGGGAUUAUGGCCUGAAGACUAUUCACUCUCGGAUCACGCUAAACUUACCGUUGUGUUCUCACCCAUCAGAAUGCAAUGAUCCAAUUAAUUAUAUAUAGGGUAUAUGUGGUGAUCAUAGCCUACUAUAGACAGAUUGAAUUGGAGUGGGAUUAUAUAGAACUUUAUUUAUUGGACUAUAGCUGACUCCUUCCCUGUAUAGAUCGAAGGGGACAUUGCUAGUCUAUAUAGUGUGUGAUUAUCCCUCCCGCCUUUGUUGAGUUUGGCUCAAGCUUGAAAAGGUUAACUAUUGUUUCC